UCCUCCAAUCACUCUCCUGCAAUUUAAUUUUUUUGCGUCAAGUGUAACGUUUUUUGCUGAGACAAAAUGUUACAUCGUCGAGUAAUAUUAAGCAUCUGGUCUUUGUCCGUCUUCGUCAAUUUGAUUGAUGGGGAUACGCACGAGAGUUUAGUAAAACAGACGGCUAGUGGAAAUCCGUACUAUGUAAGAAAAACGGCACACCUCCCAACUCACCAAAUUCCAGAAAUAUAUGACACCGUUUAUCCCGUCGUGUUCGAGUUCACGACCCCCAAUUGGUCCAGGCCCAUUAAUCUAAUUGGCUACACAUGCACUGGAGACGAUUAUGACAAUGACGGGUGGUCAUGUCCGAUACUGUGGUACUGGCUAACAGGAGUCCGAGAUAAGUUGCAAGAGGAAAUCUACGUCGAGAACAUGAAAGCCAGGGACACGUCAAAAUUUCCAACAGAUAUCGUCUGUGACCAACUUCGACAAGUAUUUGAUGGUUUAUAUCUCGAUGAAGAAUCUAGAUCCGAGUUCUUAUCCUUUGCAACAUCUCCAACAAAUUGUCAAUCCUCUCAAACCACACUUGUUCCAAGGAGCGAUAAAUAUGUAGCAAAUGCUAUUGAUGCUCCAUACCGGACGAUGAGAGAAAAAUUCUUUACUGAAUAUUACAGCUUGCAAACUCCACUUAAUCGAUCUAAUGACGCCAUGUACACGAAUGCCCGGUAUAACUUGUACUCAUCAGGUUUAUUUGAGUAUCAUAUUGAAUCUCGAAGAUGGACUCAAGCUCUGGCUGAAUGCAAGGCUAACAGAAUUCCAAACACGUUAAUUACCCCGCAAGACUUACAGCAAGUUUUGAGCGUUGUGGCUGCGAAUGCCUCUGUGAAUGGGUUAGAACUUGUGGUUGGGAUUUCGGAAUUGAGCAAGUACUAUAAAUUAACAGGAAUUUCUGAUUGCGCAUUUACCCCAAAUUCCAUGAUUGUCACUCUUCAAGUUCCAGUACGAUUGUUGAGAAAUAGCGGACAUAAAAUACUUGAAUAUCAUCCUGUCCCGUAUUUUAACGAGCAGGGGCAGGUUUGUCAAAUUAAUUUUAAGGAUAAUCAGUACAUUUCCGAUCCUUUUUCUCAAAACACUUUGACGAAUGCUAAAGAAUUGCAUUGCAAUGAGAAUAAUGGUUUUUGUCAUUUGACAUCGGAAGUUGAGAGAGGAUUUGAAGCGAUGACGAGUUGCCCACAAAUCCUCUACCAAGAGGGAGAUGAUUCAGAAAUCUGUAAGGUGCAGUGCACAAACAAAAAAUUCGUAAAGCUUCCCAUUGUCAGGAAGGUUUCGGAUGAUCGUAUUCUGGUUUUUGGGAGUGGGCGUGGUAAAAAGAACGAAGUGAAGAUUGUGUGUCCUGAAUUCCAGAAAAUGGAACCUAUCGAUAGCUCCAAACAGGCUGUUGAGGUAACAAUUCCGUGCGGGUGCGAAAUUCAUAAAAAUGGGAAAUCAGUUUUUAAAGUACGAGGAGAUAAAUGUGGUUCAGAAGUACACAUCAUAAAAGCAUAGCUCAUUCUGAUUAAUAUAUAUUUUUUAAUAAGUGUUUCAUGAUAUUUCAUUUUAAUGUAUGUAUGAAUGUAUGAAUAAAUAAUUGAAAACCUGUCAUAAA